UCCUCUCUAUGAAACACUCGCUUUCUUGCUCGCGUGUUUGGUUUGCUUUUGUUGGUUCUGUCUCUCACUAAAGCGUCUGCAAGUUGGGGGAGCGAGCCAUGGGCUGGUUUCCCUGCUCUGGGAAAUCAAACAAGAAAUCUAAGAAGAAGAAGCCCGAUGAUCAGCAGAUCCAAUCCACUUCAGAUUUGGGACGAAAUGAUUUGGGAAUUUUUUUUGAGCAGAAGUCUUGGUUUGAUGGUUUCUACACUUCGAAGAAAUUGAAGGUAAAUCCAUCAUUGGAUGUGAAGAAAGAGAGCUCCAAGGAUGGGUCAGAUCGCAUAGCAGCACAAACUUUUACAUUUCGUGAAUUGGCAGCUGCAACGAAGAAUUUCAGGGCAGAUUGUCUUUUGGGUGAGGGAGGUUUUGGUAGAGUUUAUAAAGGGCGAUUGGAGAGCAUUAAUCAGAUUGUGGCUAUCAAGCAACUUGAUCGUAAUGGUUUGCAAGGGAACAGGGAAUUUCUUGUUGAAGUAUUGAUGUUGAGUCUACUUCACCAUCCUAACCUGGUUAAUCUAAUUGGGUACUGUGCUGAUGGAGAUCAGAGGCUUUUGGUUUACGAGUAUAUGCCGUUGGGAUCUUUGGAAGAUCACCUACAUGACCUUCCACCUGAUAAGAAACGACUCGAUUGGAACACAAGGAUGAAGAUAGCUGCUGGUGCAGCUAAGGGCUUGGAGUAUUUGCAUGACAAAGCAAACCCCCCAGUUAUCUACCGUGAUUUAAAAUGCUCGAAUAUUUUGCUUGGUGAGGGGUAUCAUCCAAAACUGUCUGAUUUUGGCUUGGCUAAACUAGGCCCUGUUGGGGAUAAGACCCAUGUAUCCACUAGGGUGAUGGGAACAUAUGGGUACUGUGCUCCAGAGUAUGCGAUGACAGGUCAACUGACACUAAAAUCCGAUGUAUAUAGCUUUGGGGUUGUUCUUUUGGAAAUUAUCACCGGCAGGAAAGCAAUUGACAAUUCAAAAGCAGCUGGGGAACACAACCUUGUUGCAUGGGCAAGGCCAUUGUUCAAAGACCGGAGGAAGUUUUCACAGAUGGCAGAUCCGAUGCUCCAGGGUCAAUAUCCUGUGAGGGGCUUGUACCAGGCGCUUGCUGUUGCUGCAAUGUGUGUUCAGGAACAGCCCACCAUGCGGCCCCUUAUAGCAGAUGUGGUCACUGCUCUGACUUACCUUGCUUCACAAACGUAUGACCCUGAUACCCAGCCAGUCCAAAGUUCCAGAAUGUACCCCUCCACUCCUCCUCGAACCAAAAGAGAUGGUGAUAAGCGACUUAACGGUGGUAAUGGGUAUGAGAGAGACCAAGGUAGAGGAUUAAAAUGAGAGAAGCUCCUUUGUUGGUGAGAUUCAUGAAUGUGAUUGCACUGCUGUCAAGCCUGCCAGUAGCCUGCCAUGGGAAAGAAAGCAUUUGAUUUUGAUGGUUUAUCGAAUGGGAUGGAGGAGGCAUGGAGCUCACUGAUAAGCUAUCAUUCUUUGUUGCACUUUUGCACAUAUGGUAUACCUGCUUAUCAAAUUUUGUAUCGCUCUAGUCUAGAUAACAGGUGUACACCAACCCCCUCGCCUUGUUCAAUGUCACAGGAAAUUUGCGUUUUUUCCUCCUAUUUUUUCCCUUCUUUUCGGUGUACAUGUGAGAUUUGGUCCUUGUAUCUAUUACUAUAUAUGUACUUUCUCUAGCCAUUUGUCACUUUUAUACAGGUUUUUCGGCAUUUUCGUUCUA